AUGUCAUUACAUUUACCAGCAAAUGAUCCGUUUUAUAAAAAACAAACUAUUCGAACACGCAAAAAACGAUUACAAGAAUCAUCACGUCUUGGACAGAAAAAUCACUUUCAAGAACUUGAGGCUUUACCAUCAUUGAAAGAAACUCCUUCUGAUCAACAAGAAAAAUUAUUUAUUGAUAAAUUAAAACAAUGCUGUACUUUAUUUGACUUUUCUGAUUGUGUUAGUGAUCUUAAAAGUAAAGAAAUUAAACGAGCUUGUCUCAAUGAAAUUGUUGAUUAUAUAACCGUAACAAGGAGCUGUUUAACAGAAAAUAUUUAUCCAGAAGUGAUUACAAUGGUAUCAAUAAAUCUUUUUCGUAUAUUACCACCAGCUGGUUCGGAUAGCUUAUCAGAAGAAGCAGGUGUUGAAGAUGAGGAACCAACAUUAGAAGCAUCAUGGCCGCAUACACAAAUAGUUUAUGAAUUUUUUCUACGUUUUUUGGAAUCAUUAGAUUUUCAACCAAAUAUAGCAAAAAAAUAUAUUGAUCAAAAAUUUGUUUUACAAUUAUUGGAAUUAUUUGAUAGUGAAGAUCCACGUGAAAGAGAUUUUUUAAAGACAAUUCUUCAUCGAAUUUAUGGAAAAUUUCUUGGUUUAAGAGCAUUUAUUCGAAAACAAAUUAACAAUAUAUUUUUAAGGUAUAUUUAUGAAUUUGAACGCUUUAAUGGUCUUGCUGAACUUCUUGAAAUUCUUGGAAGUAUUAUUAAUGGUUUUGCAGUACCAUUAAAAGAAGAGCAUAAAGUAUUCCUUGAACGUGUACUUUUACCAUUACAUAAAACUCAUUCAUUAAGUUUAUUUCAUCCACAAUUAACAUAUUGUGUUGUACAAUUUAUUGAAAAAGAAACUCUAUUAGGUGAAUUAAUAAUAAAAAGUUUAAUUAAAUAUUGGCCAAAAACAUGCUCAACUAAAGAAGUUUUAUUUCUUAAUGAACUUGAAGAAAUUCUCGAUAUAAUCGAUUCACAAGUAUUUAAAAGUGUUUGUGUACCAUUGUUUAAGCAAAUUACACGUUCAGCUACAUCAUCACAUUUUCAAGUAGCUGAACGAUCAUUAGCUUUAUGGUCAAAUGAAUAUGUUGUGCAAAUGAUUGAAGAAAAUCUUGAACAAAUUUUACCUAUAUUACUUCCACCAUUAUGUCGAAUAUCUAAAACACAUUGGAAUACAAAUAUAAUAACAUUAACAUAUAAUUUAUUGAAAAAUCUAAUGGAUAUUAAUAAAAAAUUAUGUGAUGAUGUAUUAAACACAUUACGAGCUGAAGAAGAAAAAUUAGUGAAUAAAGAAGAAGAUCGAAUAAAAUUAUGGGAACGACUCGAACAGAUGAGUCUGGAAAAACAAACUAAAUGA